AGAACAAGUUGUGUCAAAAUGGCGACGGACGAGACAUUAGUGAUCUCGUCAUGUUUAUGAUGAAUAUGUCAAAACGAAUUUCAUAUUUGUGGAAGGAUCGGUAAAGAAUGAACCGGCACCAGGUCCUCACGGGGGCCUGCAACUCCGGACAACAGUGCUAUGCAGUCGGAAGUGUAGAAGGAAUACAUUUUACGGCAUAUGCUGCAGGGUGCAACAUUGUUAUACUAGCCAGCAACUUUGAGAGGGUACAGAUCAUCCCUGGGGUCUCCCAUGGCAACAUCAAAGUCAGCUGCAUCGACUGCUCAACCGACACGGGCAAGAUUGCAGCCAGCUAUGGCAGGAAAGUCCAUAUAUUUGAACCAACUCCUCUGAUUCACGAAAGUCAGCAUGGACAUACAAAGAAACUAGACUAUCGCUGGUACAAGACUGCGACUAUUGAAACAGAAUGCUUCGUCAACUGCCUCAGUUGGAACAUGGAAGGGUCAAAACUUCUGACGGGAGGGGAGAUAAUCCAAAUCUGGCAAAUGAGCCACCGUGAUCCCAGUGAGGACGAUGCCUCCGCCAAGAGAGUCCAGUUCAGCGUUGGCCCAUCAGGAGGGGAGGAUGAUGAUCCAAUUCACACGCACUUCAGUCACGUGAUGCACCCAGAAAAGGAUCGAAGCUUUGAGCCUCAUGUGACAGAAUGGGACAGUGUGUGGAAGUGCAAACCAUCUUCUGCAGUGUUUCAUUUAAAGUUCUCUCCUGAUGGUUAUGUAUUUGCCUCAGCAGGCAAGGCUGACAGACUGGUAAAAAUCUGGUAUGAAGACAGAAAGUUGAGUCCCCAGUUGAUCCGGUCAGAUAGUAUCAGUCCCAAGGUGGAGGAACAACACUACUCAUUUGUGUACAUCUCUCACCCUCGUGCUGUCACUGGCUUCUCUUGGAGGAAAACAAGCAAGUUCAUGCCAAGAGGUUCCGUGGCCAACAUGUUGGUGACAUCCUGCUUAGACAAUGUGUGUCGGAUCUGGUGUGAAACUAUCCUGCCAGAUGAUGGUGUUCUGGACUUGGAGCAGUUUGACCCAAGUGGACAGAUGGAUCCCAAGUAUCAUACUCAUCGCCACAAGAAGAGGUUCCUGCAGAGACUUAAGACUAUAAGAUGGACAAUUAAAUUCGGGCAUGCGAUCCACAAGCGUAAGAAGCACCCGAAGUAUGGCCCUGAGACUGUGAUGAGCAUGACCAGUCUCCCCAGCAUGGGCAGUGUCCAUGAUUUCCACAAGUUCGCCAUCCACCACAACGGCGUGUCCCCGGUACUGCAUUUCCACCUCGCUGGGAGCAUCAACCCUGAAACAGACAUUCCACUUCAGCCAAUUAUCGGCAACAAGGGCGACGUGGAUCACAACUUCAAGAUCCACUGGCUGAACAACAAGGAGCUGCAGUUCACUAUAGAAGCUGAGCACAUCCUGCAGGAUCUCCACAAGCAGAUGCUGUUUGAGGAGAGCCACAAGGAGGAGGUCCACACCAGCCAUGAAUUUGACAGCGAGGAGCACGAACAUGAACACGACCAUGAGGAUGACCAUGAGGACCAGGAAGCUGACAAGGAUGAGACAGGUCAUGGUAAGAAGAAGAGGAACAAAUUCUUUAAAAGAAAACACAAGCACAAGAACUUCCAUAAGGACAACAAGAGCCUUGGGAGCCACACAGACAGCAUGUCAAGCAUGUCGUCAGAAGAGGGCACUGGCAGCUCCACAGACAUCUCAAGUUCGAUAGUGGAGUCGUUGGAUCGGAAGAUCGAGGUGCUGUUACGAGACUGGCAUCAAAGCUCUGACAUGUUGUUCAGUAUACACCCAGUCGAUGGCAGCUUUCUUGUGUGGCUAGUUGACUGGCUGGAUGAGUGUAAUCCAUAUUGUUUCCGUCAAGCACAAGUCAGCUUCUCGUCUCGGCUGCCAAAUGCAUUCCCCAUCCCUGACGCUCGCACCAUGGCCAGCAACGUCCUCAUGUACUGCAACUACAGCAAGAUGGACAUCAAGUCAGCCAUGAAGAUGAGUGAAAGUAAAGUGUCCAUGAUGGAACAAGAAGGCUUUGUUCGUCACAGUGGACAGCCUGCAACAGCCACGGGAAAGAACUCUCCCGGUCAGAACGACAAUAUGUUGAUUCCAAACGUACUUAUGAUUUCAAAGCACAGCAAUGGAAGCAUUAAUCAGUGGCAGAUUAGUUUCUCAGAUAACUCCAAGUUCCAGACUAUUGUCAGUGUAGCGCAUGCUUCUAGAGCGUGUGGUCAUCGAUUCCGAACAAACUCUGCAGCGUGUCACCCAGUGUUACCGUUGUUGCUUACAACAUCCCAUCACAACAUUCCUGAGGAGGACUCUCCAGAGAAAGAUUCUGCAACAGAGGAUGAUGGAGAAAGUCAUGGGUUCUCAUUCUGUAGUGAACUGAUUCUUUGGAGAGUCGACCCGGUCGGUCCGUUGUCCAAGUCUGGAGGAAUCGUUGAGCUGGCCAGGAUUAAUGCUCCUCCCAUCUCAGCAUUCUCCAAUGUGGCAUGGGUGCCAACUCUGUUACCUAGCACCUCGCUGGGGUCCUACAGUAACUCCCCCAGUGCACUGUUCGUGGCAUCAGAUGGAAACUGUCUGAGACUUUACCAAGCUGUGAUAGAUGCCAGGACUCUUCUCAUGGAUGCUUCAGUGCAGAGGAAAGAUCAAGCCCUAAGCUUCUCAAGUACAACAAGUUCUAGUUACCAUGGUGACAUGGGUUCUCCAGUUCGGGCUGCUAGUGAAGUGUUCAACAUCGUCAGUCAGCAGUCGUCGGCUCGACCUGGAUGUAUCAUGGAACUGCAGGGGAUCAACGAUGCCCAGCAGGAUUGGCAGAACAUCCAGCUCCUUCAUGUGUUCCAAGAACAGCUUGUGACGGGACGCUUCUCCCCCAGUGAAACAGGCGGCCCUAACAUGGAGGCCAUCGUGGACCUGAGGAACAUGAGCUCCUUCGAGGAGAACUUCUACCUGGUGGUGCUGGAGCGGAAUGUAAGUGGGGGCUCCAUGCUCCAUAUGUGGAAGAUCACCAUCUCCUCACAAGUUGCAUGUGUUGGUCAAGACACAUAGUCCAUGGAUGACUGUGGAGUACGGUUCCUGCUGGCUAUGCGGCAUCACAUCUACCUCCUGGGUACACUGCCACCCCUCCAGAAGCUGGCCCUGCAGAGACAGGGACUCAAGUCCUUCCAGCUGGUCUGGGCAUUCCAUUCUGAAGCUACUGAGGAGCUGCUAUCCUUCAUCCCCAGCAUGCAGAAGGGGGAGCCAACAUGGGAGGAGCUGAAACAGUUCGGUGCCGGAUGGUGGAUCACCAACAUCAGCCAGCUCAAGAAGUGUAUUGAGAAGGUUGCAAAAGCUGCCUUCCAGGCAAAGAAGGACCCUCUGGAUGCCGCCAUUUUCUUCCUGGCAAUGAAGAAGAAGAAUGUCUUGUGGGGACUGUACAGAUCGGUGAGUGACAAGAAGAUGCAGACGUUCUUCAAGAACGACUUCACACAGGAUAGAUGGAGAAAGGCAGCACUGAAGAACGCCUUUGCUCUCUUGGGUCGCCAGAUGUUCCAGCAGGCAGCAGGCUUCUUCUUGCUGGCGGGAUCACUCAAAGAUGCCAUUGAGGUAUGCCUGGAGAAGCUCCAUGACAUCCAACUGGCUCUUGUCAUCAGCCAUCUGUAUGAUGGAGAGGACAUGAUGUCGGACAGUGCCAAAAAGAUCAUAUAUGAAAACAUCCUAGGCUGUGAUGAGAAGGGCUUGAGCUGUGACAGCCUCAAAGCUCAUCCAGAUCCUUUCCUCAGGAGUAUGUCUUUAUGGAUGCUGAAAGACUACAAAGGAGCCCUUCAGACUCUGAUGGAAGUCAACAUUGGACGGCCACAAAUGGAUCAUGAACAGUUUGAUUUGGACUCAUCCACAGUUACUCCAAAUGUGUUUAACUUCUAUAACUAUCUCAGGACUCAUCCCCUGCUUCUGAGACAGAGACUGGCAUGUGCGUCAUUAGGUCGACGAAAAACGGUGAUGACGGGUUUCACUCGGGCCGAGAGUGUAGCUGUGCAGGACAACAGCAUCACAACCAUUGACCGGGUCACACCAACAGAGAGGAGGCUGUUCUUCUCAACAGCCCAUGCUCACUUCAAGAAUGGCUGCCCCCUGAUGGCCUUGGAGGUUUUGUCUCGGUUACCUCCAAUGGUUGAAGAUGCAGAGGAGGGCAAGAAAAUGUACUCCUUAGACAAGCACAGGAAUCCAUCAAAUGUGAGCUGUAUCAGUACUGGGACUUUGUCAGAGCUGGAUGAAUCCAGCACUGGUAUGAAUGACUGGAGCACGCCCAUCUCUGGUAACCUGAAAACUAUGAACAAAGAUAUGAAUGGACCAUUGACAAAUGGCAAAUCUGAUACUGCUGACAAUAUGGACUGGGGUACACCUGUGACUUUCAGUAUCGGGAAUAAAAAGGCCAAUGACAUGGAUUGGGGAACUCCGUCAUUUGGUGUCAGAUUUGAUGAUGAUAUAGAUAGUGAACUGGCUAUGAUAGGACAAGCAUCAGAAGAAGAGGAAGAAGACGAGCCCUACAUUGAGCCCAAGACAGUGUUCAAUAAUAGUGGGAAUGUGCCACAGAGUGAAACCAAUGACAGUUCCGCGCCAACAGAGUCCACCCCUCAGAAGCUGGACAUUAUGGCCCAACAGUAUAAGUUCAUUGCUUGUCUCAAAGUGUUGAUGGAGGAACUUGGAACUCUGGCAACCGGGUUUGAGGUUGAUGGUGGCCAACUGCGCUACCAGCUCUAUAUAUGGCUGGAGAAAGAAGCCGAGGUCCUCCGAGUCCUCUGCAACUAUGGUCAGCAGGAGGAAGAACUGCCAGAAACCAACAUGGAUGCUAGUAGAGAUUCUGAUGAGUUCCUGGAUGUGCCCAAGUUUGGUCGAUCAUUGUCGGUAAAGUCUGACACGUCUGCAAGCAAAGCAUCUCUACAUGAAGUCAUAAUCGCCGACAAACUGGAUCUGGAAGCCAAGAUGGAAAGAAUGGCACGAAGGAAACAGUGGUUGAAAAACAACCAGCAGCUUCUGAGGACUCUUCUCAGUUACUGUGUCCUGCAGGGCUCGGGGGGUUGGGGACUGGCUUCUGUGAGGAUGGAGCUGUUGCUGCUGCUGCAGGAGCUCCAGCAGGAGAAGCCCCAGCAGCAGCUUCUUUCCCCGCUCCCCUUCCCGACCACCCUGCCCCUCCUGUCAGCCAGUAUAGCCAGCUCAAAGACUGUGGUGGCUGAUCCAAUCCAUUACCUGCAGUGCUUGUCCCAAGACAUCCUACACACCAUCAUAGAAAUCCCCAUCCCACCCAGUCUGGGGACAGAUGUUGGAAAUGUGUUCUUGUUAAGAAACCUUGCAGUUGCAUUGUCCUCAUGUAUAUACCAGUGUCUCUGUGAUAGUGACAGCUUUGUUGUGUCCCUCAAUGAUGAAGAUGUUGGACUCGAAGGUUUUACGGGUCCAAACUUUGUGUGCCAAGCAAGCUACUUGAUGGCUGGGGUGAGACGGCAGCGCCAUCGAGGAAUCGGCUCAGGGGAUGCGGUUAUCAACUCACAGCCAUCAAAGUGGCCAGGAGUGACAUCUCUCCGAGUGUUGCUUGCAAGAGAAAAAGACGAAGAUGCCCCGAAACUGAACAUCCUUCUGUGCGAGUCCUUGUUGUCUGUGUAUGUGAGCAUGUUGAUCAAUGGCUUGGCUACGUACGACCCACUCAUGCUGUACCGCCUGGCUGCCCAUGUGUUUGACCAGCAGACGUGGUCAGCGUUGUUUGGAGGGGGAGUGAAGACUGUCAUGAGAUCCAACAAUAAUCCACCAAACCAUUCUUCUGCUGAUGACAACGCUAAACAGCGUCAUCGGCUAAACAUGAAGCUGAUAGGACCAUCCCCUGGCUUCACUAAACCCUCAGAUGUGAGGGAGACAUUCCAGGAGAAGUUCCUGCCUCCAGAACUCAGCAUGAUCACCUACUUCAUGACCAAGCCAUUUGUCCCAAGCUCCGAGUCCAUCAUCAGCUAUGACUCUGAAGACUCCAUGUUGUCUGAUGUGCCCGAACAGUGUGACACAGAGGAUGAAGAUGAGGUGGACAGGCCAAAUACACUGAACCUGACCACCGUACAGCAACACAGUGACCCCAACUCCUACACGUGGUGUCUGAUCCGCUACGCUACAAUCCACCUGGUGCUCCACAACCUUCAGCUCUUCUUGCCACAGAUCGGGAUCGAGCUCCCAGAGUUGCCCAACUGCUCCCCGCUUCUCCAUGCUGUCAUGAAGACCCUGGAACAGUGGGAUGAGUUCCUCUUGGGCCGCCUCGAGUUGUUCUCAGGGCCCCCUGACAACUACAUCCCCGGCCUCUACCUGGACGUCAUCGGUGGAGUGCCGCACUCCAAGGUCCAGGCACUCCUUGACCCUGCCAACACUCCCUUUGUUGCCGGACCGGCAACUCUGCCAAUAAAGCGGCUUUGGUUCCAGUUGGUGAGGCAAGACUACUUAAAGGAUAUCUUCCUCCGUUACAUCUACCGCAGGAAGAAGAAUAUUGUCGACAGUGAAGUGGAUUCCAUGAGAACAACCAGCACAGAACAAAACGACACCUUGAGGGCUCCAGACCCCAUGAAGAUCAUACACAAGGAACAGGACAUCAUCACAGCAUUUGCCAAUAACCAGAGUUCUUCCGGCUGGGCAAUCUAUCCGGGAUUCGGGGGCUCUACCAGGAAUUCUUUGACAUUGGCCAACCUCAACUGCAUUACUCUGUCAACACAGAAGGAGAUUGUAGAGCUUGACAUCGGCGCAAUCCUGCACCCUCCCACAUGGCUGGAGGACGAGACUGAGUAUGACAUCGAGUGUAUCCGCAACCCACACCCCACACCAUCUGAUGUCCCAGACUUCCUGGUGGUGCAGACCCCACAAGAUGGGCCCAUGCUCCCCCAGAGUGGCUCUCAAACACCCAGCACUCCUUACUACCCCUCCACCCCAGGCUCCAUGUCUGUUGGGACCCCACAGGCCCAGACAGGCCGUGGGUCUAGCGUGAAACCAUUUUCAAAACAGAUCUUGCGGCGGCAGGUUGUCGGAGUACUCCGUAUGGGAUCCCAUCCCCAUCUCCCUCACUAUCUGAGUGGUAGUGCCGAUGGUAGUGUGAGGCUAUGGGAAUGGGGCCAUGCACAGCCUCUAACUGUCCUCAGACAACAAGGAUCCUUCCCCAAGGUCACCAAGGUGCUGUUCAAUGCUCAGGGCAACAAGUGUUGUGUAAGCGACAUAGAGGGAUCCAUCUGUCUGUGGCAGGUUGGCCUUGGCAGCAACUUCAACAAACCAAUAAUGAGCUUGAGCUGUCAUAACAAGACCACCAGUGACUUCACAUUUGUGGGUUCAUCAAGUCUGAUAGCCACAGCAGGCCACUCGUCAGAGAGCAAGAAUGUGUGUCUGUGGGACACACUGCUGCCUCAGCGCAGUGCCCUGGUGCAUGCGUUCACCUGCCAUGAACAUGGGAGUCCUGCUGUCGUGUACGCCCCACAACACCAGAUGCUGAUCAGUGGCGGCAGGAAGGGAGAAAUAUGUAUUUUUGACAUGCGUCAGAGACAGAUGCGACACACAUUCCAAGCUCACGAUGGACCAAUCAAAUGUCUCGCUAUGGAUAGUGAAGAGGAAUACUUCGUCACAGGAUCUGCAGAGGGCGAUGUCAAGGUCUGGGGCCUUGAUAUCCACCAACUCUUGUUCUCCUUCCCUGGAGAGCACAGCAAGAGCACCUUCUUCAAGAAUGUGGGGUCCACGUCAGGGGUUGCCCAGGUGUCUCUGGGCCCAGGUCAUCACCUGUUCUCGUGUGGGGUGGACGGCUCCAUGAAGUUCAGGCAGUUGCCAGAGAAAGAUAUCAUCGUCCAGACCUGGCCAUCUUGACCAGCAUGCUGAUGUAGAUAUUUGAAGACAUGGUGAAGUCAUGUACUCUCACUUGUAUGUGGAUAAUGUAGAAAGUGGUGUCACAAAGACUGGAGGCUAGGAAUUAUGUUCGUCUUUGAAAAUGAUUGAUGAUCAUGUAAUUUAGGAAACCUUCCUGGUCACUUGAAGAUCAUACAAGCCAGGAUGGUGUAGAGCAGUUCCAAAAGGCUGCAGUGAGCAUUAAGGAUGACGUUUUCAUGCAGGCUGAAUUGAUCUUGGUUUAGAUUUGGGAAGAUCAGAUUAUUGUAUGUAGCUGUAGAUUAUGAAGGUGAUUGUGACUAGGAUGUGUACUAGCUCAUUUUAUUCGAUCUUUGACCAUCAUAGACAGAAUGACCAAGUUCUAGAUUACUUAAGCUGAUUGUGACCAGAACGGUGUACCAGCCCAUUUUAUGGGGUCCUUGUCCAUCUUAGAGAGAAAGCCAAAUAGGUUAUACAUUUGAUGGCUUUAGUGAUUCUAGAUGACUAGACAACAGUAUUGUCAGUGGUAUAACACUGGGUAAUAGUAACAUCAUUACAGUAUACUAUAUUCAUUACAACUUUCUAGCUGAAGUGUGUGUCAUUGUGUCCUGCUGCAAAGUUUUCUUUUGGUAUGAUUUGAGAUGAGGUAGUAAGAACAGAAUACACAGUGAGGUGUAAUGUUUAGAUAAUCUUUUUUGAAAUAUAUUGUAGUUUAGGGGUAAGUAUCAACAAAGUAACUUCAUUGUGAUUUAGGAAUAUAGUACAGAAUAAGCUGUUAUACAUUGCUGUUGAUGUGUUAGGGAUGCUGUGCACACACAGAGCAUCUGAACUCUACAGUGAUUGGAGGGUUGUGAUAAAUAUGCUAUAUUUUACUUCAUGGUAUGAUGUGGACAGUAUUAGUCAAUUGUUGAGUGUAUUGAUGUGUUUGAUAUAGAAAUAGGUCAAUUUUUAUGGAUAGAUGUGAUAUCCUAGAGUAGGCACAUGUGACACCAAAUGGGAAAUAUUAAUUGAAGAGUAGUUGGAAACAAAUAGUAUCUUUGAAUGUCUUAUCUAAGUAUGUUCCCAAAAGCAGAUUCCAAGUUAAAAGAAUUAGCACUGAAAAAUUAUUGCCUUAAUAAUAAAUAACGACAGCAACACUAAUAGCAAUAAUAUUAAUAAGAAACAAAAAAUUUAGUGACUUGUGUUAGUGGAUUGAAAUGUCACUCUGAAGGAAAUAAUUAAGUUGAUCUUCUUCUGACAAAUUUUGACCUGAUGGGGCUUCAAACUAUGGAUGCCAAAAUGGAAACAUUAUUCAUGAAAACUCCUGUGCAAUAGGCAUCUUACUGGUAUGUAGAAGCUGUUCUUGGAUAUUACACAUUAGUGCCCUAUUCAGUUACCUCAUGUUCAUUUUAUUCCACUGUCAUAGGAACCGUGUAUAUACAAGCUGAACUUGUAAUGUACAAACUGGUGGUCGAUCACAUUUACUGUUUAAGGAAUAAGCGUAGAAUUGAUAUAAACCCUCAUUAUUGCUUCAUAAAGUAUAUUCUUGUCCCCUUUUCUGUUUGUUUAUAUUAUGUAUAUAUUAUAAUACUCAGAAAUAUACUUUCUCCAAUUAAUUCUGUAAUCUGUAAAUUUCAUUUGAUGAAAUGGUAUGAACUGCUUGUAAUGUGAUUUCCUCUCUUUGAUCUCAUGUGCAAUAUAUUGUAAAUACAGGCACCAAUGUAUUGAGUUGCACAGUGUUGUACAGAUUGGAGGUGAAGUGUGCACUCUGGGCCAGUUGGCUUCAACAGUAGAGAGUUCGCUGACAAACUUUCUAGUCAUUUGUACAGAAUUCUUUCACUCUCUUUCUGUAUUUUAUUCUCUUUAUUGUUUUAUAUCCCUAGAUUUUAUUUUGUCUGUAUAUUUUAUAUAGCCAUGCUCUCACAAUGGAAAUGAAUAUUUUGUUUAAGCUCAGCCUUUCUCUUCUCAAUAUAAUUGUAUACAUUUUGGGACUUAAAAGUUAUGUGAAUAAUUUUAUUUAUAUUUGAUGAUGAAAUGUUACAGAGUGAUCCCCCUUUUCCCACCAGUCGGCCAUGUUGUUAUCAUUUUCAUCAGGACACAAUAUAAUGGACCCUGAGUAUUAUCGAUUGAAUGUCUGAUAAACAUCUAUAUGUUUUUUCAUUGUAGAAAGCAUAAUAGAGUCUGUUAUACAUGUUUGUAAGAUAAUAUUUCACUUUUUCACAGGAUAUGAGAUAGAUGUUGCCCCUGUGCAGGGCUUGUAGUGGUUUGUGAUCUGCACCAGUUUUGAUGUUGAAACAUUGUUACUUGUACAGACCUGCUGUUUGUGUAGAAGAUCGCUAGUUGUUUACUAGAUGUUUAUGAACAUUGGAAGUGCAUUGACAUCAAGAUUUACCUUCCCAUAUGAAAACAUUACAUACAACAGGAAUGUACUCAUUUGAGUUAGAAAGUGUAAUAGGGAGUCACAUACAAUCAGUUACUGAGAGUCAGGUGCCAGGUCUGAUAGAGUCCAGUAUUCCUACAGUCUAAAAUUUGUGGUUUCCAGUGGCAGAUUCAAAUGGGUCCUGAUGGUACAUGUCCUGGGUUAAUUUUCUCCCCAACAUCUCAGUCUAUCAUGACAAUGUGUGCACAUCAAAAUCCUGGGUCUGCCUUUCAUCUCCAAUAUAUUCUGAUGUGAUUUUGAUAUACUGAUAUACAGGAUAUUUCUACCCAAUCUGAUUAAAAGGCUCAUAAUACACUGUUAUUGACAUUCUGUUUUAAGGUCUUCUACAGUCUGUUAUGUACAGAUUGUUGUUUAGUCUUGUUUACAGAUUGUUAUAUAGUCUGUUAUGUAGUCUAUGUACAGUCUGGUACCUUCAGAUUUACAUAUGGUCUAAUACAGUCUGAUAUAUGGUCUUAUAUAAAACCUGAUAUAUGGUCUUAUAUAAAGCCUGAUAUAUGGUCUUAUAUACAGUCUGAUAUAUGGUCUUCUUAUAUACAGUCUGAUAUAUGAUCUAAUAUACAGUCUGAUAUAUGGUCUAAUAUACAUCUGAUAUAUGAUCUAUAUACUGUCUCAAACAUGGCCGUGUAUACAGUCUGAGAAAUGGUCUCAUAUACAGUCUGAUAUAAAGUCUUAUACACAGACUCAUAUGUGAUUGUACACACAGUCUGAUACAUAAACACAUCCUAUAUAUAGAACAAUUGUACUAGUUGGAGUCUUAGAUGCACAUGUAGAUCGUAUCACUCCAUGUCCUUUACAAACAGGUUGUUCAUUACCCCUGAGGGAUAUAAUAGUUCUCUUAUGUAAGAAGGAUGAAGCAUCUCUAUAUAUUUACAGUUAUUUACGUAAUUGACUAAUUGCCCUUGGUGCAUCCUGAUUGGUGAUAAUGAAGUAGGCAUCUCUAUAUAAAUAGUUGUGUUUUGAUCUAACGGCCCAGUGUUUCCUGGUAAUGGGUGACAAGGAAGUAGGCAUCUCUGUUUAAACCAUAUAGCCCCAGGUGUGUCCUGAUAAUGAGGUAGGUAUCUAUAUAUAUGCUGUUAGCCUAACAGUCCCAGGUGUGUCCUGAUAGAUAAUGAAUUAGGCAUCACUAUAUAAAGAGUUGUCUAACAGCCCCAGGUGUGUCCUGAUAGAUGAUAAUGAAUUAGGCAUCUCUAUAUAAAGAGUUGUCUAACUGUCCCAGGUGUGUCCUGAUAGAUGAUAAUGAAUUAGGCAUCUCUAUAUUACAGUCCAGGUUCUGAUAGGGGAUAAUGCCCUUUGAAUAGAGUGUAAUCAACAGUUGAUCUGCAAUGUGAUAAGCUGUUGAGCAGAGGUGAACAUACCUGGUAUAGUACUGUGUUUGGUAGUUUGUACCUAUUUAUCAUGUUUUGUAUAUAGUUAAUGAAGUAGGGAUGUAUACACCAUGGUCUGAAUGAGUGCGAUCUGCAUCUAUGAUGUACAUGUUCAAGGCUCCAUUUCAAGGUUGUAAACUUCUUUCGUUACUUCUGUGAUACAGUGUGAAAGUUAGAACAGUGAGUCUCUACACCCGAUGUUCUUGUACUAUAUGUAUUGCAGCCAGUUCCACAUAUAUUGAUGUUAAUGCUCUGGAUUCAGCAUGGUAGGUUUACUUCAAUUAAGAUGAUGACAUGACAUGUUCUGACAACUGCAAAUGUGACCCGUACAGAUUGCAUCUGUCAUGUUGAGAGACAGUUAAUGUUGCACAGUUGCAUCUUAAAGAAGAAGGGAUGGGGUGGUUAAUGUUGCACAGUUGCAUCUUGAAGAAGGGACAGGGUGGUUAAUGUUGCACAGUUGUAUCUUAAAGAAGAAGGGACAGGGUGGUUAAUGUUGCACAGUUGUAUCUAA